AUGGUGUACGGCGCAGCGCCUCACGAGAUGGCGAGCCCACUCCUCGCGGACGAGAGCGCGCCCCUCGUGGACCGCGAGGAGCGCAAAAGGAGCACGUGGUCGAGGGCCGUCCGCUACGGCGGGGCCAUGGCCGUCGGCGCGCUGCUCGUCGGCGCCGGCGUCGUGACCACCUCCCCGUCUCACCCCGUCUCCGUCACCGUGCGGGGUGGCCUCGCGAGCCUCGGCGCUUCCAACGCCGCGAAGCCCGGCCGCGUCGGCCCGCUCAAGUACGGCGGCAAGCACGCCAACAAGGUGGCGCACGCGGGCAAGUCGCACAGGCACGCGGCCCCUUCCCCCGUCCCACACGCCGAGCGCGUCGCGGCGGCUUCCAGCGUCUACCAUCGCCUCGGAGAGGGCGAGGACGACCAGGACGUGGGCGGCGACGACAUCACCGACGAUCCCCUCGCGCAGCUCGACGAUCUCAACAAGCAGGUCGAGCGGCUCGUCGAAGACAACAAGGCGCUCACCGAAGACAACAUCGCGCUCGAGAAGCAGGUGCAAGAUCUGGAGCAGUCCAUCGUCGACACCCGCGAGGAGUUCCUGAAGGUCGGCCACGGCGGCAGGAACAAGCACCUCGCGGGCUCGCACGACAACGAGAUCAUCGCCGACCUCGAGAACCAGCUCAAGGACAAGCACUACGAGCUCGAGAAGACGCGCCAGCAGAAGUACAAGCUGUACGUCAAGAACACCGAAAACCUCGACAAGCUCGCCAAGCUCGACAAAGAUCUCGCGACGUGCGCGCAGGACAAGGCUGAGCUCGCCAUUCGCGCCGAGCAGGUCUCCGAGCUCGAGGAGUGCAAGGCCUCCUUCGACGCGCUCUCGGUCAAGAUGACGAGCGCGCAGGAUGACGUCGAGAUUUGCAAGGCGGACCUCGCGGCGGCGCGCGGCGACGACCACGACGACAACGCCCGCAUCGCCUCCCUCGAGGACAAACUCUCACAUUGCAAAUCCGAGAAGGGCGACCUCGCGGAUGAACUCGUGGGAAUCAAGGUGGAGCUCAAGAACUCCAAGACCGAUAAGCUGCAGACCGACGCGCUCGUCGAGGAGCUCAACGCCAAGGCUGCCGCGUCCGACGCCCUCGCCGACCGCCUCAGGGGCGAGGUUGACAUUCUCGUGGAGGAUGUCAAGGCUUGCGAGCUGGACGGCCGUUCGUUCAACUUUUUCUGCUCCGGCGAGGGCGAGACGUGCGAGUGCCCCGACGGCGACGUCGUCUUCGGCCCGCGGUACCACGCCUCCGACGACAGCUGGGAGAACACCUUCGCCGACGUCGUCGCGCUCCAGAAGUUCACCGUCACCCCGGGAACGUCCGGCUUCCCCUGCGACAUCGACCACACCGGGAAAGACGUGGCGCCCGGAUCCGGCAAGGCUUGCUUCUGCGUGCCCAAGGGAAUCGUCACCACCCCGGUCGUCGACGCCAAGGGCGAGCCCGAGCCGGUCGACAUGCCCGCGAUCGAGCCCGAGGAGGAGACGCACUCGCUCUUCGACAUCAAAGCCGCGCCCGGCAUGGUCGCGUGCGACUCUGAGAAGUCGUGCCAAGCCGCCGCGGAAGCCGCCGGCCUCCAGAUCGGCGGCGGCGGUUACGAUUUCGCCGGAGAGUACGGCACCAAGGGAUGCUACACGUACAACUCCGGCAAGUACGAGGGCAUGGCCUUCUUCGGCACCGGCGGCGACACGAUCGCCAUGUCCGAGCCCGUCGACGAGCCCAAGGUUCGCGUCAUGUGCCCCGCCCCGACCGAAGCCGACGACGUCCAGACCGAGCCGGUGAUCCUUCCCAUCGACCAGGAGUCAUACGAGGAUUCCCUCGAGGAGGCGCCCGCGGAACCCCAACCCGAGGUCGAGUCCGUCGACGUCACCGAGCUCCUCGAGGACCACUUCGAGGACACCGUCGGCGAGGACACCAUCGCCAAGAUUGAGUACGCGGACGCUGAUAAGUCCCCGGACACGGAGCCCGAGCCAGAGACGGAUGAAAACCCGCCGCCCGUCGACCCCGCCGUCG